AAAAUGAGAAUCUUAUUGUAUGGGUUCACACAAAUGGCGAUUCCCAAAAUACUUGACCAAAGAAAAAUCGAAAAAAGAAAAGAAAUGAGGUGAGGAACAAAGAAGAAAGAGACAGAUUCAAGUAUUCAACAGUCUUUGGUGAUUGCUGCGUCAAAGAAUCUCACAACCCCAAAGACGGUUUUGAAGCCUAUGCUUUGCUUUACACAACGAUCAAUCAAUGAAUCAGCGUAAUUAGGGAUUCGGCCCUGGAGAUCUUUCCGUUUCCUGUAACAUCUCGAGCCCUAAAUUUGUUUUACAGAAAAAUCCCUAGCAUCUAAAUCAGACCGGAAGGCCAGCAUAUCGACGAGAUUCGAUUUGAGUUUAGGAAUUAAAGGCACGGGUGAGGAACGUGGUUUCGAGGCGUUGACGGUUCAGGAAUCAGGCGAGAGAUGAGUGCGCCGAAGAAGAGGAACUUUCAGAUUGAGGCUUUCAAGCAUCGGGUCGUGGUUGAUCCGAAAUAUGCAGAGAAGACCUGGAGUAUUAUUGAGCACGCGAUUCACGAGAUUUACAAUCAUAACGCCAGUGGCCUUAGUUUUGAAGAGCUAUAUAGGAAUGCAUACAACAUGGUUCUACACAAAUUUGGAGAAACGCUCUACUCUGGCCUCGUGUUGACUUUGACUGUACAUUUGAAAGAGAUUUCGAAGUCAAUAGAGGCUGCCCAGGGCGGAUUGUUUCUGGAAGAGCUCAACCGAAAGUGGGAUGACCAUAACAAGGCAUUGCAAAUGAUCCGUGACAUACUAAUGUAUAUGGACAGGACUUUCAUUCCUAAUACACACAAAACACCGGUUUAUGAGCUCGGACUGAAUUUAUGGAGAGACAAUGUUAUUCACUCCGUCAAAAUCCAAACAAGGCUUCAGGACACACUUCUCAAACUCGUGGAACAAGAGAGGACUGGGGAAGUGAUAAAUAGGAGCUUAAUGAGGAAUAUUACUAAAAUGCUGACAGAUUUAGGUAUUUCUGUUUAUGAAGACAACUUUGAGAUUCCUUUCCUUGAGGUCUCAGCCGAUUUUUACCAGGCUGAGUCUCAGGGUUUCAUAGAGUCGUGUGACUGUGGGCAGUAUUUGAAGAAGGCUGAGAAAAGGCUCAAUGAAGAGAUUGAGAGGGUAUCUCAUUACUUGGAUCCAAGAAGUGAGGCGAAAAUCACUGCUGUUGUGGAGAGGGAGAUGGUCGAAAGCCAUAUGCAGAGGUUAGUCCACAUGGAAAAUUCAGGAUUAGUGAAUUUGAUUCUCGAUGAUAAGUAUGAUGAUUUGGGAAGGAUGUACAAUCUGUUCAGAAGAGUAUCAAAUGGACUGUCACUACUAAAAGAUGUAAUGACUUCACACGUCCGAGAAAUCGGGAAGCAACUUGUCACCGAUCCAGAAAAGUCAAAGGAUCCUGUUGAUUUUGUUCAAAGGCUAUUGGACGAGAAGGAUAAACACGAUAGGAUUAUAAACAAGGCCUUUAACAACGAUAAGAUGUUCCAGAAUGCCCUAAACUCCUCGUUUGAGUAUUUCAUCAACUUGAAUCCCCGAUCUCCAGAGUUCAUCUCUUUGUUCGUGGAUGACAAUCUCAGGAAAGGGUUGAAAGGGGUUAGUGAGGAGGAUGUGGAGAUUCUAUUGGACAAAGUUAUGACGCUUUUCCGGUACCUUCAGGAGAAGGAUGUCUUUGAGAAGUACUACAAACAGCACCUUGCCAAACGGCUCCUUUCUGGGAAGACUGUCUCCGACGAUGCCGAGAGAAGUUUGAUAGUUAAGCUCAAAACAGAGUGUGGGUAUCAGUUCACCUCAAAACUGGAAGGCAUGUUCACCGAUAUGAAGACAUCACAGGACACCAUGCAGGGCUUCUAUGCAGCUGUGGGUCCGGCUGAACUGUCUGAUUCCCCCACACUUGCUGUCCAGGUCCUCACCACUGGAUCCUGGCCCACACAAUCAGUCACCCCGUGCAACCUCCCCACAGAGAUUCUCGGGGUGUGUGAAAAGUUCAAGUCCUACUACCUUGGGACCCACACCGGAAGGAGGCUGACAUGGCAGACAAACAUGGGGACCGCUGACCUUAAGGCGACCUUUGGGAAAGGACAGAAGCAUGAGCUUAAUGUUUCCACAUACCAGAUGUGUAUCCUGAUGCUCUUUAACAAUUCUGACAUGUUGAGUUAUAAAGACAUCGAACAGGCAACAGAGAUUCCCUUGUCAGAUCUUAAGAGGUGUUUGCAGUCUCUUGCUUGUGUCAAGGGGAAGAACGUUCUCCGCAAGGAGCCAAUGAGUAAGGAAAUUGCCGAAGAUGAUUUGUUUUUCUUCAACGACAAAUUCACAAGCAAGUUCUUCAAGGUUAAAAUAGGUACUGUGGUUGCCCAGAAGGAAUCUGAACCGGAGAAACAGGAGACUAGACAGAGGGUGGAGGAGGACAGGAAACCACAAAUAGAGGCAGCAAUUGUGAGGAUCAUGAAAUCGCGCAGGGUGUUGGAUCAUAACAAUGUUGUUGCGGAGGUGACAAAGCAGUUGCAGUCACGGUUCCUGCCAAAUCCUGUGGUAAUAAAGAAACGGAUUGAGUCUCUUAUUGAGCGGGAGUUUUUAGAAAGAGAUAAAACUGAUAGGAAGUUGUAUCAUUAUUUGGCUUGAUAGAAAAGCUUCACAUGCUGUUGCGUCCUUUCUUUUUCAAAUUAAAUCGGAUUUGAUUUGAUUUGCUUUCAUACUGAUGAAGUGUAAGUUGAGAUGAAUUUCUUGAAUCAUUGCAUUUAUUGUUUAGGGCACAUGCAUACAGCUUAGACAAUAUCUGGAGCAUGGUCAUAAAAGUUUUUUCCUGAGUACAUGUCUCUCCUAGGUGAAGACAACAGUCUGUUCCCUAUGGUCUGCAAUAGGUUGGACCUGGUUUUGGACUGGACAGGAACUAGGUGGGCUAACAACCUGGACCACAGACUGUUGGAUGGUUCUGAACGUGGGAACGGCAGAGGUGUAAUACCUGGUAUUCUGGUUCUGGUUCCCUGAAAAUUGACCAGUCAACUCGAGUCCAGUUCCGGUCUCAUGGCAAUAUUGUUUUGUUAUUUGGCCCAUUUCUGAUUUGAAUAUGUUGAAUUUUUCAAGUAGUUGCCUGUUGUCUCCUAAUCUGGUAUCCACUAUUCCGACUAUUUCAUAUAUAAAUGCCCCUUAACAGGACAUAGUGGAGCCACAACAUCAAAUUUCUAAUGUGGUGGUGAUUACACAUUGCCUCAUAUUUUUAGAGGGAGUUUCUAUUUUUGACGACUAUAAAUACAU